AUGAACCCCCCUGUACGCUCUGAGCCUCCUGAUGGGGGCUGGGGGUGGAUGAUCGCCUUGGCAGCUUUCCUGCAGACGGCCCUGGUCUUCGGGGUGAUCCGAUCUUUCGGGGUCUUCUUUGUGGAGUUCACGGUUCAUUUCGAGCAGCCGUCUACUGCCGUCUCCUGGAUCUCCUCUGUCACGGUGGCCGUGUUGAUGUUCACCAGUCCUUUGUCCAGUGCCCUGGGCGCACAGUAUGGUGAGCGGCCGGUGGGCGUCGUUGGCGGGCUCCUCUCGGGGCUGGGGCUCUUCCUGGCCUCCUUUGCCACGAGCCUGGCUCAGCUGUACCUCUUCAUUGGCCUCUUCACAGGCGUCGGUGGUGCCCUCAUCUUCUCCCCUUCCUUGGCUUUGGUAGCUCAGUAUUUCCAGCGCCGUCGUGCCCUGGCCAAUGCUUUGGUCUUCUCCGGCACUGGCAUUUCUGCGUUGGCUUUCUCCCCACUCUUCCAGUUUUUGGUGGAUUCCUACGGUUGGCGUGGAGCCCUCCUGAUCGUGUCCGGCAUGGCCUUCCACCUGGUGGCCUGCGGGGCUCUCCUGCGGCCGCUGCCCUCGGCCAAAAACAAUUCUUCGGUGGCUCCAGAGUGGGAGAGCCAGUGGAGCAGGCUGGCAUCUCUCUUUGGGCUGAGUUUGCUCCACCACCGAGCCUUCAUGACCUUCUGUGGGUCUGGAGUGCUGAUUACAGCGGGGUACUUCAUGCCUUUUGUCCACCUGGUGCCCUAUGCCAGGGAGACGGGCUUCGAUGAAUACCAAGCGGCCUUCCUUCUGUCGGCAGUGGGCAUCGCCGAUAUAGCCGGACGCCUGAUAGCCGGCUGGCUGGCUGAUUGCGCUCCUCUGCGUCUUGUCUACCACCUCACCCUCUGGACCCUCCUGACGGGCAUCGUCUUGCUCAUGAUGCCCCUGGGACACACUUAUACCCUGAUGGUGGCCCUCAGCAUCGGCUAUGGGUUCCUGGCCAGUGCCAUCAUCCCACUGAAGUUCUCCACUCUGAUGGACAUUGUGGGCACAGAGCAAAUAAUGGGCGCUAUUGGACUGAUCCACCUGAUGGAAAGCUUUGGAGCGCUGGCUGGGCCUCCGUUGUCAGGCUGGAUCCGGGAUGCCACCGGCAGCUACAGAGCUUCGUUCCUGGCAGCUGGCGCCAUCCUCAUUGCGGGCGCCUUGGCACUUGUGGCCUUACCCAACUACCUGCCCUCCCUCCCCACAGCGUCUCUCAAACAAUCCAAAGAACCCAAUCCCUCUCCCACUGAAGACAGAGGCUGCAGGGCUGAGCAGAGUUGA